UAGGCCCUCAAGUUAAAGUUUGAACAAACAAAAUGUAAGCUCUCUCAGAUAAAGCGCAUGGUCACUGUUGCUAUAUAACUUAUUUAGCUAAAACAAAAGGUUUAACAUACUCAUUCCUUUUUCAGGACAGUGCAUUUGUGUAACAGAACGAAUGAAUCCAAGUCACAGACAUCACAGUGUAACAUGAUGAAUGAACCCCAGUCACAGAAAUCACAGUGUAACAUAAUGAAUGAGCCCCAGUCACAGAGAUCACGGUAUUCCUUUAGAGUUAACCUCAGACCUGCGCAGAAAGAAGAGAAGUUUACAGCUCGCACCAAGCUGUCACAAAAAGACCGCUAUCAAGCAUUCAGGAAGAAGCUUUUCCAAGACAAAAAUCGAUAUGAAGAGUUCAAGAGAAAAGACAGUUUAGACAAGCGAAGGUAUCGCAAGUCAUUAACUGAUGAACAGCGCAAAAUAUACAAUGAAAAAACUAAACUAAGAAUGCAAGCAUAUAGACAGCGUCAAAAAGAAAAAGGUAUUGUGGAAAAGCCCACAACUAGACAAAAAAUAAUGAAAUUAAGGGAUUACUGGAGGAAAAAGAAGCAAGAACAAAGGAGCCAUAUGACAGACGAAGACAGGAUGUCUAUGAAUAAAAAAAGAGGCGGGCAAAGUACAGAUCCAGGAGAAAGUUUUUUUUAAGAAGCAAAAUCAAAUGAACCUUCAACCCCAGUUCAAAGCAGAAGGUAUUUGCCUAAAACAGCUGAAAAGUUUGCAGACACUAUCGAAAAUGCUGUUAAAAAUUCAACCCCAAGACGGAGGAAGUUAUUAAUGAGAAAGGGGCUUGUUCUGUCACCUGAAGAGAGGUCUAAAAGAGAUAUUGAAUGCAAAGUUGUGUCGAGAGUUAAACAUGCUCUUCAAGAGCUGAAGAAAAAACAUUGCAAAGAAGGGAGAAAACAGUACCAACAAUUCACACGGAACCUUGUUGGAAAAUACACAGCAGAACACUCUAUGAGAAGGGCUUUAGGUAUAAAGUGGGAAUACUGGCAAAGAGUAUCAGCUCUAGAAAACGAUAGUGAAACUGAACAGUUGAAAAGGUCUGAUGCUUUCUCAGAAAGCAAAGUAGAGAAUAUACAAACAUUUUAUCAGUAUGAAUCUGUAACCCUUCCAACCAAAAAAACUGUCAGCAAUAAGAGUUUGAAUCAGAAAAAGGUCUUGACUGAAACAAUUCAGCAAAUUCACAAACGUUUUCUAAAUGAAAAUCCAGAUUUGAAAGUGAGUCUAAGUCAAUUUAGGAAACUCCGCCCGAAAGAAGUUUUGACUGUGAAGCAUCAAAAGUUUAUGUCAUGUUUGUGCGAAUAUUGCUUGAACGCACAAUUCAAAAUUGAUUCCAUAAACCAAGCUAUGAAAUACCACAAAAUUGACCUUGAAAUAGAAAGCAAGUAUCAUGCAGUAGCCAUUACAUUGUGCGACAAACUCACCGGCAAUAGUGAAAGAUCGUGUCUUGAAAGAAAAUGUGAGGAAUGUGGGACAAGCAAGCUAAAAACUUUUCUAAAUCCUCUUAUUCAAGCAGAUGAUAGUAAGGAACAUACUUGGAAAAAAUGGAAACUGGGCUUGGUUGGGACUGCAAGUAAAUCAGUUAAACGUCAGAUAUUAGUUGAAGAAAAAGGAAGCCUGAGUGCAUUAAUUGAUGAACUGCUUGAAUGCUUGGAAAUGCUUGCUCUUCACUUGUUUACCGCCAGGUGGCAAUACAAACAGUUCAAUGAUAUUUCAAAGAAUGUCCCUGAAAAUGUGGUUGUUACCAUAGCAGAUUUCUCCGAGAACUACCGCUGUGUCUCACAAGACGAGAUCCAGUCAGCUUACUACAGUUACAGCCAGGUAUCUGUUUUCCCCAUGAUCGCUUAUUACAAAUGUCCAGACUGUGAAGAUGUUGUGCAGGAAUCUGCAGUUUUCAUCUCAGAUGAUUUGAAUCAUGACGCAAUGGCAGUUAACCUCUUUUCGAAGCUCAUGUUUGAGCACAUAUCAAGUCACGUCAAGGUUGAACAAGAGAUACAAUUUUCUGACGGGUGUGCAGCUCAGUUUAAGUCAAAAGUUCCUUUUUUCCAUGUAGCUGAGACUAUUACACAUAAAAUGGAGAGAGCUUUUUUUGGAUCACGACACGGUAAAUCACCUUGUGAUGCGUUAGGUGGCUUAAUUAAGAAACAAGCGGAAACUCACGUCAGAAGCAGAAAGGGAACAAUACAGUCCGCCAAAGCAUUAUACAACUUCUGCAAUGAAAAUCUUACUCUGCACACAAACGAGAAAUGUGAACACAAGAAGCGAGUUUUCUUCUAUGUGGAUGAGGUCCAGAGAAGCCAAUUACCAAAAGAUUUGAAGACAUUGAAAGGGACUCGCCAGGUCCACCAUGUCAGAAGAGUUGCGCCGGGAGUAGUACAAAGUAGGUUUUUAAGUUGCUUUUGCAAAGUUUGUUUAGGGGCGGAAGAGGGAAAGUGUUACAAUGAGUCACAUGUUGGUGAAUGGGAAUAUCACAGCCUUGUCAAACAGAGUAUGGAGCCUGGUACCUCUUUGAAACAAAAGAAGAGUGGCAAGGGGAAAUGCAAAACCAAUAAAUCAGGGUCAGAAGACUUCAACAAAUUUGGUCCACUCCCAGAUUAUGAAACAAGAACCUUUGUCAACACCUCCAAGUCUGUUGAUAUGACCAGCUUGACUUUGCUCCCAAAUGACAUUCCUAUGGAAUCAGACAAACUUCAUCCAGCAAUCAUUACAGCUGAUGGAAACUGUUUACCACGCUCAGCAAGCUUGUUUGCCUAUGGAAAUGAAAAUCAAUAUAAAGAAAUGAGAGAACGAAUUGUAAUAGAACUAUCUAAGAAUGCAGAUAUGUAUUUAGAUGACAAUUUGAUGAAGAGGGGAAUGGAUACUGAGGGAAAUCAUUCAGUUGCAAAGACAUUUGCUUCCUACUCUAAUUGUUAUACGGGAAAUCGUCUGAACAAAAACAGCAUCAAAAAGAUAUAUAACGAAGAAAUUCUUUCUGUUUCUAAAAACGGCUCAUACAUGGGUCUGUGGCAGUUGGCUAGCCUUGCCAAUAUAUUGUCUCGUCCCGUUGUAUCUGUUUAUCCAAACUAUGGAAGUCACACAGUAAGGAAUGACAUGCAUCGCGUGUUUCAUCCAUUCGAAGAACAGGAUUGUGACAAAGAGCCAGUUCAUAUCAUGUGGACAAACAUACAUGGAAAAAUUGUUCCUGAAAAAGACUUUUCAGUUAAUCAUUUUGUUGCACUGAUGCCACUUGACAUUAAGUCAGAUGCAGAUAUUGACAUUUCUUUUGAUUCUGAUUUAAUGGAUGCAGAAGAUACCUUACCAUUAGUGACAGUGUGUGGAAUUUAACGCAGUGUCUUGACUUACUGUCAUCACCCUUGAAAACUUAGACUCCAGUCUUUGGUCCUAGAGAGUCACCAGUGCUCAA